AUGAAGACCCUCCUUCGCCUUCCUGUGGCUCUGAUGUCACUUGCUUCUUACGUACAAGCUCAACCUCCUGCUCGCCCAAACGAUCUCAACUUCACGGAAGCCCAAGCGGAGAAGCAUGAUUGCGACAAGGCCUGCCAGGAGAAUCUACGCAAGUAUGAGGAAUUGGACAGUCAAGUCUUUGGCAAUAUUCCCUUCAACUAUGAGUUUUACAAAACUGCGACCAACUUCACGGGGUCACGGCCCGGAGACCUGUUGAAGCUUGAGCAGCAGAAUACAUCUGCAUAUGAUAUCCCCCCUGGAACGUCGUUAUGGCUUAUGCAAUAUACAACUGUCGAUGUCGGUGGAGUAGCUGUCCCAGCGACUGCCUUUAUUGCACUUCCCUACACGGAGCCCCCAAGUGACAAAGUCCGUCUUGUAGCAUAUGCCCAUGGAACUAUUGGUGUUGAAUGGGCUUGCGCUGCAUCGUCAUCUUACAACUUGUUCGACUAUCAUUCCUGGCAGCUUCUCACAGCUCCCGGGUAUGCUGUAGUUGCUACGGAUUACGCGGGCCUGGGAAACAACUAUACUACGCACAAAUACGCUAAUCCGGUGAUUAACUCCGAAGAUACUUAUUUCUCAGUGGUUGCUGCUCGCAAGGCCUUCCCAGGAGUGUUCACCGAUGAAUGGGCCGCUGUUGGGCAUUCCCAAGGGGCUGGAACUGUCUGGGGAUUGAGUGAAAACCCUCGCGUCACUACGAAGGAGAGUGGAGAGUACCUCGGAGGAGUUGCCGUUGCUCCUAGCUCCAGAUUGAAUGAUCUUCUCACCGCUGUACCACUAAAUCUGUCAUGGGGCUUUGGCAACUUGAUCGUGCAAACAUUCCAAGUUUUGAAGUUCCCGAUACAACCGAUUGUUCUCACCUCAACUGGCUUGGCCCGUUAUCCACUUAUGGAAGAACUUCAGCUUUGCGCCACUUCUGCGGCCGAGUUAGAUGGAGAACUCCCAGAUCACGGCAUUGUGGACAUGACACCCGAAGUCGUUCAACACAAUCAUGAAGCUUUUAUCGCGUUCCAAAACAAGUAUGGCGCCGCCACCGGUCGAAAGGGGUACAAGGAACUUCUCGUCGUUCAAUCUAUCGACGAUGAGGUUGUUAAUGUUACUGCUACAAAGGAGGCGUACGACUAUGCAUGCAAGGUUGGCAACAUUAUCCACCUCAGUUUAUAUCCUGGCCUUGACCACGAUGAUUCAAUCGCUGCCUCAGCCCCAGAGUGGCUACAAUGGCUUGACAACAAGUUCAACCAUGUGCAAACUCCAAAUGACCACAAAUGUGAAGUUGAGACGCGGGUUUUGCUGACUGAUGGUUUGAGCUAA